UUUUCUAUGCCGGGGUGCGGAGAAGAGAAGACGCACUCCCCGGCCAUGUCACAACAAGAUCAAGAUGUCGUGUGCUACUACAAUUACCUCUUCAUGGCCACCCUCCUGCUACUCCCCUUCCUCCUCAUCGCCAUGUUCAAACCGCCGAGAAAGCACAGCGGCGAGAACCUUCCCCCGGGGCCAUGGCGGCUGCCGGUCAUCGGCAGCAUUCACCACCUCAUCGGCGCACUCCCGCACCACGCCAUGCGUGACCUUGCCCGUCGGUACGACGCCCCGCUCAUGUUGCUCCGCCUCGGGGAGCUCAACGUCGUCGUGGCCUCGUCCGCCAUCGCGUCGAGGGAGAUCAUGAAGACCCACGACGCGGCAUUCGCGACGCGGCCACGGACCGCCACCCUCCGCGCCAUCACGACAGACGACCUCGCCAUCUCCCUUGCGCCGCACGGCGAGCAGUGGCGCCGCCUCAAAAAGCUAUGCGUCACCGAGGUACUCAACACGCGGCAAGUCCGGUCCCUCCGGGGAUGCCGCGAGGCCAACGCCGCCGCCCUAGUCUCCUCCAUCGUCUCGUCGCUAUCGUCUUCGUCGGAGCCCGUGAACCUCAGCUCCCUCAUCACCACCCACGUCACCAACUUGGCGGUGCACGCAUUGGUCGGGGAGCGGAACGAGGACCUCCGCGCAGAGUUCCUGGAGUGCCUGGACGAGGGCAUCAAGCUGGCCUCGGGGUUCAGCCUCGCUGACCUGUUCCCAUCGUCGCGCCUUGCACGUGCGUUUAGUAGCUCAAUUCGCCGGAUGGAGGCGUUAAACAACCAGAUAAGUCAGCUCAUCGGCCGGAUCAUUGAGGAGCAUCGCAUGAGGAGGUCGGCUGGCGGCGGCGACGAGGAAGAAGACAUCGUGGACGUGCUACUGAGGAUUCAAAAUGACGGUAGCCUCCACAUGCCUCUCAACGCCAGAACAAUCGGUUCCGUGAUUAUGGAUAUGUUUUCAGGAGGGAGCGAAACCUCGGUUACAACACUCCAAUGGGUGAUGGCAGAGCUCAUGCGGAGUCCUGCGGCUCUGCGGAGGGUGCAGGCAGAGGUGCGCAGCGCUUUCGCCGAGCAGACCUGCAUCAAGGAGGAUUCCCUGCAGGAGCUGCGUUAUUUGCAUCUAGUAAUCAGGGAGUCGCUUCGGCUACACCCGGUGCUGCCGCUGCUUCUCCCGCGGGAGUGCCAGGAAACGUGUCGUGUCCUUGGCUAUGAUGUGCCCGAGGGCGCCAUGGUGCUCGUCAACGCAUGGGCAAUCGGGCGGGAUAUAGCAAGCUGGGGCGCUGAUGCUGAGGAGUUCAGGCCAGAGAGGUUUGAGGAGGCUGGUGAUGCAGCGGCGGAUUUCAGGGGAACCAACUUCGAGCUCGUGCCAUUCGGCGCCGGUAGGAGGAUGUGUCCUGGGAUCACGUUUGGGAUUGCAGUCGUGCAGGUCAUCCUAGCGAGCCUGUUGUUCCAUUUCGAUUGGGAGCUCCCUGGAGGAGGCGCCGAUGGGCUAGACAUGGCGGAGGAGCUCGGGAUGACAGCCAGGAGGAAGAACGACCUGUGGCUGCAUGCCACCGUUCAUGUGCCUGCUCCUAAUCCAUGAAUAUUCAAACAUGGCAAUGUCUUAUAGCCCUUUUGUCUUCACAGCUAAAUAAAAUGAGUCCGAGAAAUAA